AAUGCAAAGUAGAAUGGCCAAGAGACUACAAAAGGAUUUAGAGUAGAUGCAAAAGUCUUAUACUGAUCAAUUUAAUGUGAGAAUGCCAAAUAAUGAUAUUAAACAUUGGAUUGUAGCAUUUGAAGGUGCAAAAGGAACAUUAUAUUAAGGAGAGAAAUUCGAGUAAUAUAUUUAAAUAAAUUAGAUUGCAAUUCAAGUUUUCAAAUGAAUAUGUAGAUAUACUUAUACUUAAUUAGCUCUUUUUCUUUGAAAUUAGCCAAUCGAAUCUCCUGAAGUAAUAUUAUUCUUAUUAUUUAGGUAAUCUUUAUUGGCAAACCACCUGAGCAUGAACAUAUAUAUUCCAAUGGAUUUAUUUGCUUAUCAAUAUUAUUUGAUGGUAAUUCUUAUAAAUAAUAAUUUUUAGAAUGGUCAGCAGCACUUACUGUGAGUUCUAUUUGUUUGUCUAUACAAUCUAUGUUAUCUAGUGCUACAAAGAAGGUCUCUUAUUAUAUAAUUUCUAAGAUGAAACCCCCCAAUGAUGCAGAAUUUGUUAAAAGAGCAGCUGGAAGAGGUCCUAAAAGCUUUCUAUGGAGUUAUCAUGAUGAAAAAUGUUGAA